AUGUUUGAUUGUGAAAGGGAAUUUAACAUUGAUCUUCAUCAAGAAGUUAUGGAUGAAAUGAAUAUGGUUCAAGGUCAAAUGGUUGAGUUAACCAAUCAUAUGAAUAGAGAUAAUACUGAACGUAUAGAAAAAGCUGAUUCUUUUGCCAGAUCAAUUCAAGCCAUGGAAAAUGAUGAAGUUGCCGUUAAUAAAGAGAAAAGCCUUCUUGCCCUUGACGUUGAAAAUGUUAAAAAGGGGGAAGGAAGCUCAAGAGGAGGUAGAAGCAGUAGUAUAAGAGGAGGUGCUUCGACAGGCACCAGGUCUAAAAGAAAAGCUGAUGUUGAUGAAGGAGGUUGUACACCAACCAAAAGAGGUGGAGGUCGAGGUGGUGACCGAGGUGGCGGAAGUGGUGGAAGAGGUGGUCGUGCUCUCCCUCAAUUUCGCAACCUACUGACAGUUUUCUCAUCCAAACGUGAAAAGGGAAGACUUCAAACAUGA